UGUUGCUCUGGGGGACAAACUGUACGUCAGCCAACAAAAAGCUCUUUCAAUAAAUCCGCACAGAGACAUUAUCUCACAUGGAUACAGUCAUCAGUUGGUGACUAACAAUUCAUUCGUCUUUUUAUGUUUUUUUACUUUUUAUUAAGGAGGACUCAUUUUCAGAGGAAUAAUAAAGAUGAUUAAGAACAUGAUUCAGCAUGCAAAGAAACAUCCAGGGUUAAUCCCUCAGUUUUUCUUCUUGACCCUGGGGAUCUCUGGGGCAACGCUCUACCUGAUCCGACUGGCAAGAGGGCCCCAUGUCACCUUCUGGGACAAAAAGAACAACCCUGAGCCCUGGAACAAGCUUGAUCCGACCUAUCAGUACAAGUUUGUCACCGUCAACACGGACUACAAGAGCCUGAAGAAGGACAGACCUGACUUCUAAAGGUCCUCCAUGCAAGUCCAGGGGCACCAAGUUCAGCAGAACCUUCGCUUCCAGCUGUCACCUCACCUCAUGUGAAGCUUUAUGCCCAUUUAACCCUGCCUGUACCUCUGCAAUGGCAACUCUGAACUAAUAAUGUAACAUAAAAAUUAAAAUAUCACAGGAUACAGAUAGAUGGUUGGAUUUUUAGUGAUCUGCUUUAUUUUGUAAAGCUGAACUAAUCAGAUGAUGUUUGUAGAAGACAGGGUCAAAAACUAACUUUUAACUGACCUUUAAAUAUUACAUGAUUACAUUUAGAGUUUUGCCUCUUGCAUUUGUUAGAGAAAAUGUCUUUUAUAAUUAACACAAAAUUAAUUUAAAUUAACAGUUCAUAUUUUGAGCUGUUUCAGAGUUUCUUCCACAACAAGAGCAAAUGAUCAGAAACAAAUACAAGUACAAUUUUACCUAUAGCCAAUAUGGUAUAUAUACAGAUAAGUCCAAAGUUAUUCAUAUCCCUGGCAGAUUUGUGUUUAUAGUAAUCUUUUAAUUUUACCAACAUGUUUCUUUUGAAUAAUAUUAUUGAUUUGGAAUAGCUCAGCCAGAGUCAUGACUUGAGCCUGACAGAGCAUCUGUGGAGUGAGCAAAGGAUUAGGGUUAUGGUAAGGAGUCUUUCCAACCUCAAAGACUUGGAGCUCAUCACCAAAGAUAAAUCUUCUAGUGGAAACAUGCAAAAAGCUGGUCAGCACUCAUGAAAGAAGAGUUUGAUUGUUGUAACGCCUUUUCAGACGUUUCCACUGAUUAUUAAGGACAGUGCGAAUAAUUUGACAUGCAAUUCUUUUGUUAAAAUAUGAAAAACAGAUUUUUUUAAAACAUCGUCUUACCUUUUGAAACAUGCCUUUAUAAUUUUUUUUAAUAAAAUUCUCGGCUGAAUGAAACUAAAAUAAAAUCUGGAUCUUAUGAUUAAUUUUUGGGUAUAACUUUAUGUCAAUACUUUUCAAAAGCGUUAGAAGCCUUUAUGCAUUAGUGGCUGGAUAAGCAGUAAGGCAGAGAGAGAAGAAGACAUGCAGUAAAAACCCUGGGCCAGGAUUUGAGACUGGGACAGCUGCGUCGAGGAUUGUAGCCUCAGCAUAUGGUGCGCCAGCUCUACCGCUGAGCCACAUGACGCUCCCCAAGACAUAAAUACAACUCUUAGAAAAAUUUAAAAAAUAUUUUAAAAGUUUUAAGGGCAAAAUAUAACUUUUUGUUUUUUUAUUUUGCCAACUUUCGUUUCAUUAGAUAUUGUUCAUUUCUCAUUAUUACACUAAGACCAACUGAUGCUUGCUACUAAAGCAGCGUCAGUGUGCUUUCAUAAUGUAUGUCUGUUCCUUUUUCAUACGUUCAUCAUUAAAGAAAAAAGAAGAAGGCAAACGACUCACGUUACCUGUCGGAUUACAUUGGAGUUUUACUCAGUGCUUAAAACCAGCGCAAAUUCUGUCUUUAAAUUUUCUUUAAAUAAGUCCCAAUGUGACGUAAAUCUCAUCGGCAGUCUGGGGGUCAUUUUUGUUGCUGUAGCUGCUUUUAGUCAAGGAGACCUUAGAAAUGCAAAGAUGCAUCUGUAAAUGUUCUGUGAGGUUCCUCUCUGAUACACAACAAUUUGACAUAUUUUGUUACAACCAGACAAAGUUCGAGCCAAAAAACAAAGGAUGUAAACAUACCAAGUCAAAUGUCAUUGCUUGACAUUGUCAGACUGAUGUGUUGGCUUCAAGGAUUUUGAAACACAUUUUACUUUUGUGGUUGAGUAUGGAGACAAUGGUUCAGUGGUGACUUGGAGAUGCGUUUUUAACACCCUGUUCUAACAGAUAUACUGAUUUUGACCUUUUGUGCCAUGUUCGCAUAUAUGUCCAAAAUAAGUGAGUCUUAGAAUGAGAUCAGGGAUGGCAGUUCUCAUCUUCACAAAAGCCAAUAGGUCCAUCCUGUAGCAGUAGCAGCUUUACUGAAUUGACCCUCAGAGUACCUAAGAUAAGCUUGCAAAUGUCAUGUCCAGUUUCUCUCUAAUAAAAACCAAUAUUUGAUGCAAUUUGUGGCAUUGAGAUCAGACUUGCAGACGUUACCCUUUUUUCAGGCUUGCAGCUCAAACCCAAAUCAGAUUUAGUUGUCAGGCUCCUCUACUGUGGAACCAGCUCCCAGUUUAUGCCUCUGAGUCAAACACCCUGUCUGCUUUAAAGACUAGGCUUAAAUCUUUUAACUUUUAAGUAAAGCUUGUAGUUAGAGGUUAUAUUUCUGCAGAUAUGGUGCUAUGAGUCUAAGCUGAUGUAGGAAAUACUGACCACCUUUACUCACUUUAGUGUUUUCUCCUACUACUCUCCAUUGAUGCAUUAUCUGCAACUAUGCGUUUCAGCUUAGCUGUGAAACCAUUUCUGGAUGGAGCCAUCAGCUAAACUAUUGUUGCCAAUAACUAUGUUCUCUGUCUAAAGAUGAUACACUAGACUGUAUUUCUGUGUUUAACCCUCUCUGUCCUGGACAAAGCAAAUAAAAAAGCUAUUGCUGGGACUAACUACAA